ACACAAAAUCAAAUCAAUGUUCAUGUAGUCUAUGUAUCCAUUGCUCUAAUACAAAAUAUAUAUUGAGUUGGUUUUAUUGUGUGUUAUAUACAAUUAUGGCUUCAAGAAACUUGAUUUGUGUGUUGUUACUUGUGGGGUUAUUGUUUUUAUGUUUGUCUAAUUUGGGAAGUUGUAAAGAAAGUCAUGAUGUUGAAGUUGAUGAGCAACAAAUUAGUAAAGAAAAUUCAGAGUCAUCAUCAUCAUGGGCAGGAUGGGCUAAAGAUAAGAUUUCUGAAGGGCUUAGUUUUAAAUCUGAUGAUGAUGAUGAUGGUAAUGAUGAUUCAAGUGUUAAACAUGCUUCUGAUUCAACUAUGGAUGCUGCUAAGAAUGCUAAAGAUAAGAUCACUGACACUGCUACAGAACAUUUGUCAGGAACUGGACAAUACGUAGCAGACAAGGCAGGAGAUCUAAAGAACUCCGCAGAAGAAGCAAAAAACAAAGCAUACCAAACCGCGGAAUCAGCAAAAAACAAAGCAUACGAAACCGCGGAAUCAGCAAAACAGAAACCAUCAAAGAAAGCCGAUGAAGCCUGCUCAAAAGCAGGGGAAGCAAAAGAAAAAGCUUAUUCAGAGGCCGAGAAGGCGAAACACGCAGCUUCCGAAAAAGCACAAGAAGCAUACCACAAAACAGGGGAAGCAAAAGAAAAAGCCGCGGAGAAAACAGAAGAAACAAAGGAAAAAAUGAAGGAAACAGGGGAGAAAGCGGAAGGAGAAUCAGAGGAACAUGUAAAUUGGGCGAAAGAAGGAUACGAAAGCGCGAAAAACAAAGCAGGGGAGACAUUGGAGAAAGCUAAAGAAAGUGUAGCUUCAAAUUUGGAAUCAGCUAAGGAGAAAGUAACAGGGAAAAAAAGAGAUGAAGAGCUGUAAGUAAGUUUUGAGUGUUGAGGAGUAUUAUGGGUUAAUAAGUAAAAACAGAAAGCUGAUGCUUAUGUUUUGCGUUUUGUGUUUGGGAAAAGAGUUUUUGUUUUUGUUUUGUGUUGGUAAAGAUGUAUCACUAGCAGCAGCAGUUUAAGUCUUUAUGUUCCAUUAGAAAUGAACUUAACCGGUGUUUAUGCAGAUAAAUAAAUAUAUAUCAAUUAAUUACUUAA